GCGGGUCACGAUUACGAUUCAGUGUACCGUGAUUUGGCUUCGUUUCGAAGCAUUUUGACUGACGGAGGAGUUAUUUUUGGUGACGAUUACGUUCGCUCAGAUCUUAUCGAAGCAGUGGACGACUAUGCCGCCGAAGCUGCUGUUCCUGUUACUGUAGCCAGUGACCGACGCACAUGGAUUUUGCAUUUCUCAUCGCCCGAUUCAUCAUCGAUAUUACCGCGGCGCUUCUGA